AUGAAUAAUUUUUGUUAAGUACAUGGAAAUUAAUCGAUAACGCAUAUAUGUACCUUUAAUCAUGAAUGUUAAAAGCGAAUGUGUCCAGAUUGUUAAUAUGCUCAUUAAUAAAUUGUUCCUGGAAGUAAAAUUAUUCCAAUUACCAAAUUUAUUGAGAUGAUGGAUUUUACUAUAUCAUAAUAUGAUUCUGAGGUUGAAGAUAAUAUUGAAAUGUAAAUGAAAAAGAAUUUUAAAACAACUUUGGAUUACAUUUAGAAUUUGUCACAGAAAGCACAAGAAAAUUUUACUUUUAUAUUCGGGGAAAUAAGAGAAAGAGAUAAUUCUUAUUUAAAUUUAUUUCGCAAGCAUCCACUUGAAAUCUCUUUGAAGGAUCUUAACAAAAUAACAAAUAUUUGGCAUAAUUAAAUUUUUGAGAAAUGGAAAAAGUAAAAGGAAACCCUCCUCAAAAUAGUUUAAAGAAAGGUAAAUUUGAUUUAUGAUUCUAUUGGGAAAUUUACUUGGACUUUGGAGAAUCAAAUCAAACAAUGGACAGAAGAAAAAUCAACAAAUAUUAAUCAUGAUUCUCCAUUUUCAUAUGAAUCGAUAUAACAUCCUGUUUAUUUUGGAAUAAGGCAUGGAUAGGCAUUCUCUAAAAUAUUAGGUGUAUUUGAGGAGGUAUAUAGAUUUUAAUAAUUCAAUAGUGUGGAUAUACAAAAUUACACGAAAAUAUGAAUAUUAUACAUUCAAAAGGAUUUGUUUUAAAUUAAUAAAAAUUGAAACUUACAGAGUUCUAAAUUAAAAUUCUUUAAGACGAUGGAUAUUUAUAGUAUUUGAGGGAUGGAGUAGUCUUGAAAACGUAAAAUGUUUUAUCAUAUUUUAGAGAGAGGAUUUCUAAUAUUAAUUAGUGCCUUCAAAAUAACAAAAAUUUAGAAUAGGUUAAGCAUCUCAGAUGGGAAGGUUAGUAUGGAUAAGAAUUGUAGAAGGUUGGUUUAUGGAGUGCUUUUUGGUAAGGCAAAAAAUUAGAUAUUGGUGGAAGAUAUGAUAAAAAUGGAUUAAAAGAAGAUUAAUGGAUUGAAUUGUCAAAUAUUUAUCAGAGGUAAAAUAAAUAUAUUGAAUUAUCUAUUAGCUAAUGCUAAGUAACUGAAACAGGAAAUUAUUAAUAAGGAAGGAAAACAGGGUUUUGGCAAACCAUAUAUAAAGGCUAAAGAAUGUAAUUAUCUUUAAAACCAAUAUUAGAGGAGGGGGAUGGUAUGAUUAGAGAUUGGAAAAUAAGGUCGGUUUUUGGAAAGAAAUUCACUUAAAUUUUAAUAAGUUUAAUUUAAUCUUUUCCUUAUAGUUAAUGUCAAAUAUUUUAUGAAGGAGAAUAUAUAAAUGGAAUGAAAUCUGGUUAAUGGGGAAUGUACUUUAAAGAUGACACCUCUUUUGACUAUAAGAGAAUGUAGAUAACUAAAUUAUUUUAUAUAGAGGAGGCGGUGUGUACGACAAUUAAAAUUAUUUGAAGCAGGGCUAAUGGGAUGAACUUUACAAUUAAUAUUAAGAGUAGGAGGUUUUGAUAUCCUAUCCUUAUUAGUUCUUUGGAAUUUAUCUAAACAGGUGUUUAUCAAAGAGGAAUGAGAGAAGGAAGAUGGGAUAUUUAUCAUAACAUGGAUAUAUUAUCGUCUUAACAAAAAUAAAUAAGAGGAGGUGGAGAAUAUGCAUAAUCUUGGAAAACCGGAAAAUGGAUUGAGCCUAUCACAAAGUACUUUCUUCUUCAUUCUUAAAGUUAAAUUACUUGCGAAGGUAGUUACCAAGAAGGAUAAAGAGUUGGCUAAUGGGCAAUAAAAUUAAUGGAUCAAAAUAUGUAGCUUUCAUAUUUUUAUCAAUAGAGGAGGAGGGUUUUACGAUUAAAAUGGAUUAAAAAUUAAUAUAUGGACUGAAAUACAUGAGAAAUAUAACAAGUAAUUGUAAUCAUAACUCUAGAUGCAACAGGAUAAGCUACAUUGGCGAAUAUCUAAGUGGGAAAAAAAUAAAUGUUUGGAAAAUACAAAAUAAUAGUGAUUAAAUGUACCCAUAUCAUUUCAAUUAUUAGAGGAGGAGGAUUAUAUGAAGAUGGUUUGAAAUCUGGAAAAUGGGUUGAAAUUCAUGAGAGUUUUUAAGAGUAGAUCAACUUAUUAUUUUAAGCAAUUUUUAGAUAAUUAUAGAAGGUGAAUAUGAUAAGGGAAAAAAAUCUGGAAUUUGGACAUCAAAAAUAAGAUAACCGUCAUCAACAUAAUUCCGUACUAUGUAAGUAAAGAUGAUGGAUUGUGGUGGAGGAAAUUAUAAUGAUGGAUUGAAAACAGGAGAAUGGAUUGACUUGGAUUAAAAUUAUGAAAAGUAACGGAAUUAUACUAAUAGGAAGAAUUAAUCAAAUAUCUUAUCAUGGAUAAUAUCAAGAAGGGAAAAAGGUUUAAAUUUGGGAUAUAAAAACAAAUAAUAAUGAUAAAAUGUAAGUAAUUUAUUUGAUUUAAGUGGUGGAGGCGCAUAUUUAAUUACAGGUGAAAAACAUGGAGAAUGGAUAGAAUUAGAUGAUAAUUUUAGAAAGUAUUAUCUCUUAUUACUAAAUUAUUGAGUCUUUGUUAACUCAUCAAUAAAGGUGCUUACUAAAAUGGGAAAAAAGUUGGGAAAUGGACAAUUUAAUUAAUGGAAUCUAAAGAACAGAUCGAGGAUAUGUAUUUUUAUGCCAUAUAAAUAAAGAGGAGGAGGAGAAUAUGAUGAUUAAGGAAGGUAAAUUAAGUCGUGGACUGAAUUAUAUUAAAAUUUUUGGAAGUAGAGUGUAUUAAUAAACAUUAGGGACUGUCGAGUUAUAUUUGAAGGAAAAUAUUAAGAUGGGAAAAAAUAAGGAGAAUGGCAGAGUUUAUUUUAUUAGAAUUCAAAUCAAGAUUAUGUUAAAUUGUAAAAUCUAAGAUGAAUUAAUUAGUGGAGGAGGUUCUUAUAAUAGAGGAUUGAAAGAUGGUCCAUGGAUUGAAUUUUAAGAAUAGAUUUUGAAGUAUUUAUAUAUAUAGGGUAACCUUUAGACCUUAAGAAUAUACUAAAGUUUCAAAAUACAAAAAUGGAUUAGAAAUAAAUUAAAAAUCAAAAUGA